AUGGUGGGCCGACGAGGAAAACGAGGUGCUGCUGCUCACCCCCCAGCAACAUCAACACGCUCUACGCGCCGCGCUUCAGACGCAAUUCAAUCAUUUGUGCCAGUUCCUCCUGUUUCUCGUGGACGCGGAGGUCGCGGAGGUCGCGGAGGCCCUCGCAAUGCUCGCAAUGCUGCUUCUAAUGCCGCCAGCUCUCAGUCUGCCCCGUCACAGCAGUCUGGAGUUCGUCCCUCUCUCAUUCUCAAAUUGCGCGUGAGACCACCAAUGUCCACUGCCAGUUCCGCCAGUGAGGAGAGUCAGCCUGCCCGCCCAUCGCAGGAUAAUACUGACCCCGCUGCGCGCAAGGCCAUCGAGCCUGCUCAGGCCAAUGAUGCCGAGCACCCUCUCACCCCCCGUCGACGCCGCUCGAAGAGAGCCCUGGCUGUUCCGCAAUCAUCCCGAACGACCCGCUCAGCUGCUCGACACCAAUCUCCCGAGGAGAUGGAGGCACCUCACCCCUCCUCUCCCACUAACCAGAGUGCCGUCGAUCAUGACGAGAUGGAUGAGUCCGAGGCCUUUGAGCCUCUUCCUACCUCGACUCACAUCACCAAAUCCUCUCACACCCCCGACCCAUCCAAUGAUCAUGGCCACCUGAUCGACCCUCACCAGACCGAAGAUGAGCACUCCGCGCCGGCAACAUCGCCCGAAGAGGCCAGUGGUGAAUCCACUUCAGCCGUGCAGCCCAAGGCAUCAAUCUCUCCACGCGCGUCCCGAAAGCGCAAGACCGUGGAAUUGAAGGAAGAGCCCGAGAUCAACAAGGAUCCUAAGCCCGCUCCAGUCUACAAAAGACUAAAGCUGAAGCAUGACGCAAAGCCCACUCCCCAGGAGCUCGCCACCGAAAAGGCCACUGAAGAUGUCCAAGCUCAGCCCCAGCCACAAACACAAACUCCCGACAUCACGACCGCUGAUGAAGACGCCGUCAUGACAGAUGUCGACGCCGAUGCUGAAGGCAUCGAAGCCGCCACUGGCCCCGCUAAGAGAGGUCGCGGCAGUCGCGGAGGAUUCCGUGGACGAACCCGAGGUCGUGGUCGUGGACGUGGUGGACGAGGUGGAAACACAGCCCCUGCUCGUGCCGCAGCUGCCCGUGCUCGAGGUCAGAGACGAGGUCGAGCUACUCGUACCGCACCAGCUGCCCGUCGUGGUGGCAAGAAGGUCGAAGACGAGAUUUGGGAAGCCGACAGCAAAAGACGAUCCCCUUCUCCAAAUCCGCAAACAAAGCAGAUCAAGGAACGUCAGGACAAGCUUGCUUUCAUGUUCAAGAAGGUUGGCAGUGCGCAACAGCUGGCUCUGGGCGCCAUGGCCGAUCAGAACAUGUCGAACCUUGCAAAAGACAAGCAUGCUCAUGAAGACUGUCCCGAAUGGGCUGUUGUCAAGUCAGAGCUUGAUGAAGAACUGGCCAAGCACCUGGCUACCCUGAGCGCCAAACACAAGCUGAAGACCGACACCGAAAACCGUCUUUUCCAAGCCGAGGUCGAGGCUUUGAACAUGUCGACGAACGCCAUGAUCAAGAACGUUCAAGACGAAAUGUUCCAUGCCGUCCGAGGCAAGGUCAUCGAGCUGAUGAUGGGUCAGCGUGCCGCCGAAGAUGACGAGCACACCGAGACCGACGGGUCCACCGCAGGCUCAGAAGAGCCCCAAUACCUCUUCGCCACAGGCAAGCCCGGAGCCCGAGAGGUCGUCCGCGGGUUCGACGCCGAGGCUGUCCGUCAACCAGACGGCGCCGAGGCGUACGACCGCGCCUUCAAGACCUGGGAGGACUUCGUGAAGAAGGUCCGGAUGGAGAACGACGUGAAGCCGCAGCUGCGGGCUCUGGCCUCGGGGGCCGAGCCGGACGUCCAAGACGUCGUCGACCGCUCAAUGCAGAUGCUGCUUGAGGCAGCGCAAGUGGCCGAGAAUGAGCAGCCCGGCGCUCAGCCGCACCCCAACAAGCCGGCUUUCCUCACCACCCUGGACGGGGCUCACGAUGAGCCCGUCCCUCACGCCCUCUCCUCGCUGGCGGAGAUCGCCUUGGCUGAGGCCAUGCAGGCCCAGCCCCUCCCUCACCUGCGCGGCCGCGCCCUCCUCCCACCACAGCCAUCACAGGCUGUACCGCCUCCUGGGGCCGGGGGGGAUGAUCGGCCACGGGCCUACGGACCCGCGGUCGUUCAUCCUCCCGCGCCCGACGCCCACCACGCAGCCGAGGCGGAUCCUCCCUGCGCAGCUCCCUGCGCGGGGGCAGCUGGGCCUACCGGACCCGUUCGCAAUGACGGGUCCACCCCAGCUGCCCCCACCACCGGGGUCGAACUUCACUCGACUCCCGGUGCCGAACUACCUGGCCCCGGGCCACCAAGGACCUCCGGGUCCAAUGUACUACCCCCAUGGACAUGGGCCCCGUCGCUUCUAGUCCUGGGGGUAGUACCGACCGCCCCUUAG